AUAUCUUGUAUUACUGUUGUAAUAAUGUUUUCAGUACUCUAUCCUAGAUUUUAUAUAAAUUCUGUGAUAGUAUAAAAUGGCUACUAGGAAUGCGGCAAUAAAAUUUAGUCCUGUUGUGCAAGAACUGCGCUUGCACUUGUGCCAGUCAUCAUCUGCAAGCAAGGGAGCCCGGGACUUCAUUGAGAGCAGCUAUGUUGAAUUGAAAAAGGCCAACCCCACCCUGCCUAUUUUGGUGCGCGAGUGUUCUGGAGUGGUACCAAAGGCUUGGGCAAGAUAUGGUCGUGGUGAAGAAGUGUCCGUGCCCCUGGAUGGUUUGUCUGCCGAGCAAGUGGGUGCAAGCUUGGCCAAACUCAACAGAAAGGCUUAACCGCGAUAGGUGUUUAAAUACAACGUAUUAUCUUAGACAAGCUUCCUCGUGUAAAUAUUAUCUCACUGUUGUUGAUGUGUGAAUGAAUGAAUUACUAUUGCCACAAGUCUAUCUUGCAUCUUGAGAUCAAUUUCUUCCCGAAAUCGUGAUUGGAGAAACCAAAAUUAUUAUUCCAGAGUUGUUAUUGGUCAUUUAAUUAAAUUGAGAAGUUUAGUGAUUUGGUUCAAAUCGCAUUCGUAUUUCUGUUUCAUAACAAAAUUGUUGGUUGUCAUCAAUUUCAUAUUUGCAAUACAUUACUUGCAUAUUGCAGUUGUUGCGUGUCGGAACCUCCUUAAUUAAUAUAUUAUAUUGAUGCUAA